AUGAUUGAAGUAAAUUCAAAUGAGAAAAAUGAUUUGAAUAACAUAUUAAAUGGUAUAAAUGGAAAUUUAAAUGAAAAAGAAAAAAAUGAAAAUAGUAAUUCUUCAACAGAAAUAGAAAAUAUAGCAUGUAAAGAAGAAACUAAUUUUGAAUUAAUAAAAUCUAAUAAAUUAAAUUCAGAUAAUAAAGAACAUGUUAACGAGAAAAAUUUAUACAAAAAUGAAAAUUCAAAUUAUUGUUUAAAUGAAAAAAAAAAAAAAAAAAUAAAUAAAAAAAAAAUAGAUGGAGAUAAAAAAGAAGUUAAAGAUGACAUUAUAGAUAUUAAAAAGGAGGAAAUAACUAAGAAGGAUCAAAAUUUAGAACGUGAAGAUAAACAAAUAGCAGAACAUUUCCAAUUAACAGAGAUGAAAAAAAAUAAAAAAAAAAAAUUUUUUUUUGGUGAAUAUAAUAUCAAUGGAAUAACAAGCGAAAAUUAUAAACCACAUAACUUAAAUCAUAACAAUUCUAAUAUUAGUGACAUCAAUAACUUAGACAAAAUUAAAAAUAAGAAAUAUAUAAAAAACCAAGUAACUAAUUGUGUAACUGAUAUGAAUGAAUGUAUUACAAAACAAGAAAAAAAUAAUGAAUUUAUUAAACAUAGAGAUAAAAAAGAGGAAAAAAAAAUGAAUAAAGAUUUUAAAGUUUUUAAAAAUCAAAACAAAGAAAAAAACUUUUUAAUAAAUGAUAAAAAUUUAUAUUACAACCAAAGAUAUGGUAAUUGUGUGUAUAACGAUAAAAAGAAAGAAGGUAAUAAUAUUUUGUGUAUAAAAAAGCCAUAUGUUGAUCAAAAUUUUUUUAAUCAAAGAAUUAAUAGAAAUAAUAUUUACAAUUUUAAAUAUUAUCCUUAUGAAAAAAAUUAUUUAGAUAAUAAUAUAAUAAGAGAUCUAUAUAGUUUUAAUAAUGCGUAUUCAUAUAAUUGCAAUGACUAUUAUUAUUUAAAUCCAUCACAAAUUCACAACACAAUUAAUAAUAAUAGUAUAAAUCAUUAUGAGCAGCAGAAAUCAUACAAUUCUAAACAUUCUACUUUACCACUUUCACAUAUAGCACAGAAUCAGAUUAAUAAUAUUCAUUUAACUAAUCUAAAUCCAAAACAUUUAACUUUGAACCCAAUAAAUAACACCUUUAACAAAGAAAGUUCUAUAAAAAAUAUAGAAUAUCAGCAAGAUUUUAUAUAUACGAAGGUGAAGGAAAAAAUGCAUGAUCAAUAUUAUAGAAUAAAAUUAUGCCCAUUUUUAAAAAAAGGAUUAUGUCAAAAAGGAGAUAAUUGUUCUUAUGCACAUUCAACUGAUAAAUUAAGAAAUUCUAUUAAUUUAACAAAAACGAAAAUUUGUGAAUUAUGGUUAAAAAAUGAAUGUGAAAAUGAAAAUUGUGUUUAUGCUCAUGGAGAAUUAGAAUUAAGAGCAACACCUGAUUAUUUUAAAACAAAAUUAUGUAAAUAUUUUGAUAAAGAAGGAAAAUGUCCAUCAGGAGAUAAAUGCAGGCAUGCACAUGGUCAGGAAGAAUUAAGAAAAAGAAAUUACAGGAGGACAGAAUUAGAAAAAUAUGCAUUGAAAAAUAAAUUAAAUGUAAAAUUUUUAUAUAAUGAAAUAAAAAAUAAAAAAGAUAUUUCUGAAUAUAUUUCAAAUAAAUUUAACAACCAGAAUGAAAACAAAAAUGGUUUAUUCAGUUCUAAUGAUAACAUGGAAUAUAAAAGAAAUAAUGAAAAAAAAGAAGUAAUUUCAAACGAGGAAUUACAAAAUACAAAUAAGGAUUAUAAUACAAAUAAUGAAAAAAGAGAAGUAAUUUCAAACGAGGAAUUACAAAUUACAAAUAAGGAUUAUAAUACAAAUAAUGAAAAAAAAGAAGUAAUUUCCAAUGAAGAAUUAAAAGUUACAAACAAGGAUUAUUUAAAUGAAACAGAAAAUUUUAAUUUAUCUCAUGAUUUCAACUCUCAGGAAAAAGAAAAUAACUCUGAUAGUUUUAAUGAAAUAAAUAAUCAAAUUGUAAAAGAGAAAAAAAUUAAUGAAAGUGAUUAUAAUAUUAAUAAAUCUAGUUAUAGUAAUGAACAAAAUAACAAAAAUGAUGAUAGUAUUUCAAAUAUAAAAGAGGAAAAAGAAAAAAGAUGUGAGAUGGAUGAAAAGAAUUUUCAUACUGUCAGUCAUGAUCCUAAUAAUGUAGUUAAGGAUACGAAUAAAAGGAGAAUGAAAAAGGAAAAAGACAAAAACGAAAUUGUGAUAAAAAAAAAAAAACCAGAGAAAAUUAUAAAAUAUAUAGAAGAAAAAAAUAACAGAGAAACUUUAGAUGAAAAAAAAGAAUUAAGUGAACAUAAUGAGGAAAACACAGUAGAAGUGUGUACAAAAGAUGAUGUUUUAAAUAAAGUAAAUAAGAAAAAUGAAAAUAAUUAUGAACACAAAACGAAAUUGAUAGAAAAUGAAUGUGAAAAAAUAUUAACAACAGAAGAAAAUACUGACUGUAAGGAUGUAAAAAAGGAAGAGAAUGAAAAUAUUGAUAAUAUUUGCAAAAAAAAAAAAGAAAAACCAUGUGAUAAAGAAACUGUAGAUUUUGGAGAAAAAGAUAAUGAAAUAGAAGCUAAUCAAAAAGAAGAAAAAAAAAAAAAAAGUUACAAUUUCAUGAUUAAAAAAAAAUUAAGAAAAUAUGAAAAUGAUGUUAAAACUAAUGAUAUUAACAAAAAUGAAAAUACGUAUACAAAAUUAAUGAAAGAAGUAGAUGACAAAUAUUUGGAGAAAGAAUAUAACAGGGAAAAAAAUAAUAAUUCUCAUUUAAAUAAUUAUACAAAGAAAAAUGAGAAAUGUACGAAAAUUAAAAAUUUAAAUGGAAAUAAAAGUUUUGAAAAUGAUAAUAAUUCAUUAACGAAAAACAAAUAUAGAAAAGAGAAUAAUAUAACUAAAAUGAAUUCGAUAAAUAAUUCAUCUAAUUGUACAACUACUACUACAUCUAGUAAUUAUAAUUCUAAAAUAUUUAAUUAUAAAAAUAAAAAACAAAAUAUAAACAAAUUUUUAAAAAAUUAUAAGAAUUCUGAUAAAAACAACUCAAAACUUAAAGAAACAAAUGAUAAGAAUAAUUAUAUUAUGAAUACUGUAGCAAAAAAUAACACUAAGCAGAAUUUAAAUAUUAACAAUAAUUUGAAAAUUAAAGAAGAAAAAAAAAAUUCCGCUAUAAUUCAAAAUAAUUUAAAUUAUAAAUAUUUCAAUAAAUCAUUUAAUAAUAUGCAUUUAAUUACUCAUCAUAAUUCACCAAAUUAUAAUUUUGAAGAUUCUUCAAAGUUUUUUUUUAACAAUUACAAUAAUACAAACCCACUUUAUAUCCAUAAUCAAAUAGCAAGACUAAAUAAUUGUAAUAACUUUUUUCAUAAUAACACUCUUAGAUCAAAUUUAAAUUAUGAAAAAAAAUCAACUAAUAUAAAUAAUGAUAUGAUGGUAAAUCAUGGAUUAUUUCCUAUUAACACUUUGAUAAAUAGUGUUAAUUAUUAUAAUUAUAAUGUUAAUAAUAUAUAUUCAAAUGGAAAUGAUUAUUAUAAUUAUUUAAAUUUUGAAAUGAAUAACAUAAAUAUAUCUAAUCAAACACCAAAUGUUAAUAAUCAUCAUUCGAAUUUCCCAUUAAAUUCACCAAAUUCAAAUUAUCAACAAAUUUUUAAUAUAAUGCCAUCAAAUAACUUGUUACAUACAAACAUUAUAUCUCAUAAAUCUAUGCAGUCACAACUUUAUGCAAAUCCUUGUCAAAAAAAAUUUUUUGAUAAUCAAAAUGUAAAUGAAUCAAAUGUUUAUAAUGUAAAUCAAUAUCUUAAUAUGACUAAGUAUAAUGGGAAUGAACAAAGUACUAUUUCUACAAAUAUUGUAGAAAAUAAUAAUAGUAAUAAUAAAAAUAAUAAUAAUUUUUUUUUAACAGGUAAUUUCAAUAAUGCACUGUUAAUAAAUCAGAGAGAUUCACAAUCAAGAAUACAUACAUUUAAUAAUAUUAGAUUAAAUAUAUCAAAUAAUUUAUGCAAUAAUAAUAAUAAUAAUAAUAUGAAUGUAUUACAUAAUUCUAACAUUAAUGUCGAUAAUUCUAAUCAAAAGGAAAUGUUAAUCAUUGAGAACAAUGGGCAAGAUAUAAAGAAACAAAAUCCGAUACUACAAUAUACAUCAAAUAAAAAUUAUGAUAGAAAAAUGAAUAACACAAAUUGUAAAAAUUUUAAUAGUAUUCAUAAUAAUGUAUCAAAUAAUAUCAACAAAUAUAAUAAUAAAAGUAAUAAUAAUAGUAAUCACAAUAUUACUUAUCAAAACAAAACAUCUUUUAUAGAUACAAUGAAAACAUUUUCACCAGAAGAAGUACAAGCAGCUGUUUUGAAUAACCUUGCGGAAUUUCAAGAUUAA